GGGGUCGUGCGCCCCCUUGAGCCGAGCCGCAUCUGCCGCCUCCGGGUGGUGGUAGGAGGAUGUCUUCUCUCAGCCGGGAGCUCGUCUUCCUCAUCCUGCAGUUCCUCGAUGAGGAGAAGUUCAAGGAGACCGUCCACAAGCUUGAGCAGGAGUCCGGGUUCUACUUCAACAUGAAGUACUUCGAGGAAGAGGUGAUCAACGGGAACUGGGACGAGGUGGAGCGCUACCUCGGCGGCUUCACCAAGGUCGAUGACAACCGCUACUCCAUGAAGAUAUUCUUCGAGAUCCGCAAGCAGAAGUACCUCGAGGCGCUCGAUAAGCACGAUCGGUCAAAGGCGGUUGAAAUCUUGGUCAAGGACCUGAAGGUGUUUGCGUCCUUCAACGAGGAGCUGUUUAAGGAGAUCACGCAGUUACUGACUCUGGAGAACUUCAGGGAGAACGAGCAGCUCUCCAAGUAUGGUGAUACGAAAUCUGCAAGAGCGAUAAUGCUUGUCGAGCUCAAGAAGCUGAUCGAAGCCAACCCCUUAUUCCGCGACAAGCUCCAGUUCCCUAAUCUCAAGAGUUCUAGGCUGAGGACACUUAUCAACCAGAGCUUAAACUGGCAGCACCAGCUUUGCAAAAAUCCUAGGCCUAAUCCUGACAUCAAGACCCUUUUUGUUGAUCAUUCUUGUGGUCAACCAAAUGGUGCACGUGCUCCAUCACCUGCAAACAAUCCACUACUUGGAUCUACUAUACCUAAACCUGGCGGUUUCCCGCCAAUUGGUGCCCAAAUUGGAGCCCAAAUUGGCGCCCACGGACCUUUUCAACCUGCACCAACACCGGUUGCACCUCUGGCUGGUUGGAUGUCAAACCCUCCAGCAGUAACACACCCUUCUGCUUCUGGAGGUGCUAUCGGAUUUGGUACUCCUACGAAUCCUGCAGCUAUGUUGAAGCAUCCUAGGACACCCUCGACAGCCAAUCCUUCUAUGGAUUAUCCAUCUGGAGAUUCUGAUCAUCUCUCGAAGAGACCUAGGCCAGUUGGGUUAUCCGAGGAGGUGAAUCUUCCGAUGAAUAUGAUGCCAGCGACUUACCCGCAAAGCCACAGUUAUCCCCAAGAUGAUUUCCAUAAAACUGUUGCACGUACAUUGAGUCAGGGAUCAGUUCCGAUGAGCAUGGAUUUCCAUCCGGUGCAACAAACCCUUCUUCUUGUUGGUACCAAUAUUGGUGACAUUGGAUUGUGGGAUGUUGGCACCAAGGAAAAACUCGCUGUAAGAAACUUCAAGGUUUGGGAGCUCGGGAAAUGUUCUAUGGCCCUCCAGGCAGGGCUUGUCAAGGAUCCUUCUGUGUCAGUUAAUCGCAUAAUAUGGAGUCCUGAUGGAACCUUGUUUGGUAAGAUGCCGCUAGUAGUUCUUCUUUCUGUACAUUCUCGUUGGCAGUGCUCUAAUGUUAUUUUCUGUUCAAAAGGUGUUGCUUAUUCAAGACAUAUAGUACAGAUUUAUUCUUAUCAUGGUGGCGAUGAUAUUAGGCAACACUUGGAGAUUGAUGCACAUGUUGGUGGUGUAAAUGACAUUGCAUUCGCCCAUCCAAAUAAGCAGCUAUGUAUAAUUACCUGUGGAGAUGAUAAGACAAUAAAGGUCUGGGAGGCCACUAGUGGAACGAAACAGUUCACCUUUGAAGGUCAUGAAGCUUCUGUUUAUUCAGUUUGUCCACAUUAUAAGGAAAAUAUUCAGUUCAUCUUUUCAACUGCUUUAGAUGGAAAGAUAAAGGCAUGGCUAUAUGAUAAUCUGGGGUCCAGAGUUGACUAUGAUGCACCAGGUCAUUGGUGCACUACAAUGGCAUAUAGUGCUGAUGGUUCAAGACUAUUUUCCUGUGGGACUAGCAAGGAUGGUGAAUCACACUUGGUGGAAUGGAAUGAGAGUGAAGGUGCUGUGAAGAGAACAUAUCAGGGAUUCCGUAAGCGAUCUAUGGGUGUUGUACAAUUUGAUACGACACGCAAUAGGUUUUUGGCUGCUGGAGAUGAAUUCGUGAUAAAGAUUUGGGACAUGGACAACACUAGUCUUCUGACUACCAUUGAAGCUGAUGGUGGCCUACCUGCAAGCCCACGUCUCCGCUUUAACAAGGAGGGUACUCUGUUGGCUGUUUCUACCAUUGAUAAUGGUAUAAAGGUGCUAGCAAAUGCUGACGGUGUUCGUUUGUUGCGCACACUGGAAAAUCGUUCUUUUGAUGCUUCUCGCAGUGCAUCUGAGACUGUAACAAAGCCUCUGAUAAACCCGUUGACUGCUGCUGCCGCGGCAGCCGCUGCUGCAGCUGCAACCAGUUCUGGAGCUGCUGCUCCGUCAGCUAUAACUGCAAUGAAUGGAGACAGCAGAAGCUUGGUCGAUGUAAAACCUAGAAUCACCGAUGAGUCAAUGGACAAGUCAAAGGUCUGGAAGCUUAUGGAGAUAGCUGAUACUACUCAGUGCAGAUCAUUGAAAUUGGGUGAUAAUCAUAGGACAACUAAGAUCUCAAGACUGAUUUACACAAAUUCUGGUGUUGCUAUCUUGGCUUUAGCUUCAAAUGCCGUCCAUCUACUAUGGAAAUGGCCACGUAAUGAACGGAAUUCAACUGGAAAGGCUACUGCGAGUGUUUCACCUCAAUUGUGGCAACCUCCGAGCGGCAUCCUCAUGACUAAUGACAUAAUUGACAAUAAUCCUGAAGAGGCAGUUCACUGCUUUGCCUUGUCAAAGAAUGAUUCAUAUGUCAUGUCAGCUUCUGGAGGGAAAAUUUCUUUGUUCAACAUGAUGACUUUUAAGACGAUGACAACAUUUAUGCCUCCGCCACCAGCAGCAACUUUUCUUGCGUUCCAUCCUCAAGAUAACAACAUAAUUGCCAUUGGAAUGGAUGACUCAACCAUCCAAAUCUACAAUGUCCGAAUUGAUGAGGUCAAAAGCAAACUUAGGGGGCACUCUAAGAAAAUUACCGGCCUCGCCUUCUCGAAUGUGUUAAAUGUGUUGGUAUCGUCUGGAGCUGAUGCCCAGAUAUGUGUUUGGAACACUGAUGGAUGGGAGAGGCAAAGAAGCAGAUUUUUGCAGAUACCAUCAGGUCGCCCAACAUCUAACAUCUUGGACACACGAGUUCAGUUCCACCAAGAUCAACUGCAUUGUCUUGUUGUCCAUGAGACCCAGAUUGCCAUCUACGAUGCUUCAAAACUAGAACCUGUCAAGCAGUGGCCUGUUCGAGAAAAUUCUGCUCCAAUAACACAUGCAACAUUCUCAUGUGAUAGUCAACUGAUUUAUGCAAGCUUCCUGGAUGCGACUGUCUGUAUAUUUAGCGCAUCAAGUUUGAGACUCCAGUGCCGAAUUCUUCCAGCUUCUUAUCUUCCACCAAAUAUCAGUUCAAACGUUCAUCCAGUCGUGGUUGCGGCACAUCCUUCAGAAGCAAAUCAGUUCGCUCUAGGCCUUACCGAUGGCACUGUUUAUGUCAUGGAGCCAUUGGAAUCUGACAGAAAGUGGGGAAAUCCUCCUCCAGUGGAGAAUGGAUCAACGAGCAACUUGUCCACACCUCCUAAUGGAGCUUCGAGUUCUGAUCAACCAGAGAGAUAAUAACGUGAAAUUAGAAGUGUUUUCUAUCACUUCUACUGUUCGUGGUGGUACGAGUCACUAACCAAGAUGGGCUUCACUUUUGCAACUUCCGGUCGCAGAGCUGGUUCCAAGGGUGGAUGUUGAUGAGCGCAAUAAAAACCGAGGCAUAACAGCAUUUCUGUCUUUUGCUUAUAUCGUAUGUUUCUGUUACCAUUAUUAUGUGAGGGAGGAAUUGAUUAGUUGUAGUGUUUCUUUCUUCUGUUUGUGGUGCUAUGAUGAAAGGUUACCAAGUAGAUAAGGUUUAGUAGCAGUUUGGCUGUACCUAAUCAGUACCCUUGUUUCUUUUCCGCUAGUAAGCAAAACAUUUGUUUCUCA